AUGAGGAGAACUGUGCAGCUGUCGUCCCGCGUUCUUGGCUCGAGGGCCUGCACCACUUCGGCUGCGUCGGGUGCCCAACUGCUCCGCACUGCGUCGGUGGCACGAAGCUACAGCGUGUCAGCCAAUCUGAGGGAUACCGUGGCCGAGGGCCUCUUCGAUGAUACUCAGAAGGAGCUCAAGGAGACCGUUCACCAAUUUGCCCAACGCGAGAUUGCACCACUCGCCGCCGAGCUCGAUCGGAAGAAUGAAUUUCCCAUGCACCUGUGGCGCAAGCUGGGCGAGCAGUCGCUGCUGGGCAUCACCGCCGAUCCCGAGUAUGGUGGCAUGGGCAUGGGCUACACCGAGCACUGCAUCGUCAUGGAGGAGCUGUCGCGUGCGUCCGGGUCGGUGGCCCUCAGCUAUGGCGCCCACUCCAACCUGUGCGUCAAUCAGAUCUCGCGCAACGGUAACGAGGCCCAGAAGAAGAAGCCAAGGAGCGAAGCUAAUUUGUGCACGAUGCCACUACCACAGCUGAUCACGGGCGAGCACGUGGGUGCGCUUGCGAUGAGCGAGCCCGGUUCGGGGUCCGACGUUGUGUCGAUGAAGCUCAAGGCCGAGAAGAAGGGCAACAAGUGGGUGUUGAACGGCAACAAGUUCUGGAUCACCAACGGACCCGAUGCUGACGUGCUGGUCGUCUACGCCAAGACCGACAUGGCCGCCGGACCCAAGGGCAUCACCGCCUUCCUCGUCGAGAAGGGCUUCGCUGGUUUCUCGACUGCGCAGAAGCUCGACAAGCUCGGCAUGCGUGGUUCCAACACCUGCGAGUUGAUCUUCGAGAACUGCGAGGUGCCCGAGGAGAACGUGCUCGGUCAGGUGGGCAAGGGCGUGUACGUCCUCAUGUCCGGCCUCGACUAUGAACGUCUGGUCCUCGCCGCCGGCCCUCUUGGUCUGAUGCAGGCGUCCCUUGACGUGGUGCUGCCGUACGUGCACGACCGUACUCAGUUCGGUCAGCCCAUCGGCACGUUCCAGCUGAUGCAGGGCAAGCUGGCGGACAUGUACACCACCACCAGUGCCUGCCGAUCCUACGUCUACACCGUCGCUCGGGCCUGCGACAAGGGCCAGGCCGAUGCCAAGGAGUGCGCCGGCGUCAUCCUUUACGCCGCUGAGAAGGCCACCCAGGUCGCUCUCGAUGCCAUCCAGGCUCUUGGUGGCAACGGUUACAUCAACGACUACCCGACCGGUCGUCUCCUGCGGGACGCCAAGCUGUACGAGAUCGGCGCCGGCACCAGCGAGAUCAGGCGCAUGCUCAUCGGCCGGGACCUCAACAAGCUCUACGGCGUCGAGAGGAAGUAA